AUGGACGCCGAUCUAUCUACGUCAUUGACCAAAGGUUCAAAAGCUAUUUUAGCAUGGACAGUGAAAAACAUUUCGAACGGUGAUGUAUGUAAAUUAGUAAAAGAAUCAUCGACUGAUUGUGUUUUCGCACCAGAUGUGGAAGCAACUACAACAUUUGAAGAGCAGCUUGCACAAAGUGGUUAUGUGGGAAGCAAAUUCGAUGAGGAAAAUCCAAUUUAUGUAAGAUCAAAUGCAGAAGUAGUGGAGCAAGAAGCUCCUUUUGAUCAUAAGGAUGAAGAAAACAGGAUGGUGGGGUCCAAGUUUCUAUUGGCCAAGAUAGAGGUGCUAGAAUUGGUUAUAAAUGAAUUCGAUAAAGAGGACCCCCUGCGUCUAGAAAGGAAAGGAUGCCUAUUCAAAGUAGGAAGCGACAUGCUUUGGCCAGCUGCAAGAGCUAAAGCACUGUAA